AUUUUAGCAGUGAACUUUGAAGAAUUGAAUUGGUAUGGACCUUGCUAGUAUACAGAGGGAUUGCGCUGCACUAGUGUAUAGCCAAAGACUUAUAACAUGGAGUGUAAAUUUAGGGACUGCAGAAGUAAGUUUGCUUCUGCACAGUUUACUGUUUGCUGCUGUGUUAUUUUCUUCUUCCUUUUACCUGUGAAUGAAGCCUGGAAACAAAGUAAACCACGCCUGAAGUUCUCGUACAAAGAUACAUUGAUGAAUGGCAGUGGUAAUCCAUUCCAGGGAUCGGCAGAAAGUUCCAGUUUCCAGUCAUUACUAAUUGAUGAAGAAAGAGGAAAGCUUCUGGUUGGAGCUAAAGAUCUGAUUUAUAUCUUAAAUCUGGAAAAUUUGAACAAGGAACCUAAGAAGAUUUAUUGGCCUGCAGCUAAGGAGAGAGUGGAACUGUGUAAACAGACUGGAAAAAAAGAAACAGAAUGUGCAAAUUUCAUCCGCCUACUACACAACUUCAAUAGGACGCAUGUCUAUGCAUGUGGUACGGGAGCUUUCCAGCCUAUAUGUGGAUAUAUUGACCUGGGACCCCCUACAGAGGAGCUUUCAUCGAAGAUUGACCUUAAAACUCCUGAACCUGGAACAUUGAAAUGCCCUUAUGAUCCCAUCCAACCUUUCACAUCAGCUCUCAUAGAUGAAUAUCUUUAUGCUGGGACAUCCUCUGACUUUCUUGGGAGAGACACAGCUCUAUUUCGCUCCCCGAUCCAUCACCUGGAAAAUCAGUAUAUCCGCACAGAACACAAUAAUCCCCUUUGGUUAAGUGACCCCAAGUUUAUUGGGAUGUACCCCAUCUCUGACACCUCUGAUGAAGAUGAUGAUAAAAUAUAUAUAUUUUUAAGAGAGACAGCACUGGACACUACGAGCCCUGAGAAGGCCAUUUACUCCAGAGUAGCCAGAGUUUGUAAGAAAGAUAUUGGUGGUCAGCGGAGCUUGAUCAACAAAUGGACAACGUUUCUGAAAGCUCGCCUCAUUUGCUCAGUCCCAGGACCUGAAGGUUAUCAGACGUAUUUUGAUGAGCUGCAGGAUGUUUUUCUCUUCAACACAAACGAUGACAAAGUGCCAGUGGUUUAUGGAGUCUUCACAUCUUCCAGUUCUGUUUUCAGUGGCUCAGCAGUUUGUGCAUACAGCUUGGCUGAUAUCCGUGCUGUAUUUAAUGGACCUUUCACACAUAAAGAUAGUCCUGACCGCCACUGGGUAGAAUAUCAGGGGAAGAUUCCCUAUCCAAGACCUGGAACAUGUCCUAGUAAAGCAUUCGACUCCACAAUCGAGACAACCAAGGAUUUCUCAGACGACGUCAUCAGUUUCAUUAAGAAUCACCCAAUGAUGUACAAGGCUGUGUAUCCAAUAAACAAGAGACCUGUUUUCAUUCAAGUGAACGGUGGUUACAGAAUUACACAGAUUGUAGUCGACCGUGUUAACGCUAAGGAUGGACAGUAUGCAGUCCUGUUUUUGGGCACAGAUGUUGGAACAGUAAUAAAAGCUUUGAGCGUUCCCAAAGACAAUUUGAAUGCUGAAGAAGUUGUUCUGGAGGAAUUACAAGUGUUUGAGGAACCAACUCCAAUAUUAACAAUGGAAAUAUCUUCAAAGCAGAAGCAGAUUUAUAUUGGAUCGAAGAAUAGCUUGGUGCAGCUUGCUCUGCAGAGGUGUGAUGCAUAUGGUACGGCUUGCUUUGAAUGCUGCCUUGCUAGAGAUCCCUAUUGCGCAUGGGAUGGGAAUUCAUGUUGCAGAUAUGUGCCAGCACCAAAAAGACAGACCAGACGUCAAGAUAUAAAGUAUGGAGAUCCAAUAAUUCAGUGCUGGGAUCAGGAGGACAAUGCAAAGAACGUGCUAACUGAGAAGAAGUUGAUUUUUGGAGUGCAGUACAAUUCCACAUUCCUGGAAUGCAGUCCAAAGUCACAGCAAACAUCGGUCAUCUGGUCUGUUCAGCGAUCACUGGAUGGCCAACAGGAGGAGAUAAAAUAUGGUUCCAGAAUAAUCAAAACAAGGCUUGGUCUACUCAUACGUCACUUGCAGGAAGAUGAUGCUGGGAUUUAUUAUUGCAGAGCUGUGGAAAAUACAUUCACACAAAUCAUGACAAAAUUUCACCUUAAAAUUAUUCUGAGUGACUUUAAGGCAGCUCCAAUGAAAGCAGAGUACAACGAUGGAAAGGGUAGAGAUGUUCGGAGCAGGACAAGGCUACGUUACAAGGAUUUUCUGCAGCUUCUGAACAAACCAGGCAUUACUGUAAAUGAGUACUGCCAGCAAAUCUGGCGUAAUGGAAAGAGAGGACAAAAUAGUAAAACAGCAAAAUGGAAAAACACACAAGAGUUUAAGCGGUUUUAGAUUUUGGACAAUACAAAAUGCAUUAUGGUGCUCCUGUGAGGAGUUACAGUAAUAAAAGUUAUUCACUGGACUGUUGUAUCAGAGUCUUGGCUGAAUAAUCUGACUAUGUCUCUGGUAUACCAUGAAUGGAUGAAAUAGAAUGUGGCCAUUAUAGCUAAAAAAUGUGGCAAGAAGUAUGAAUAUAUCUGGGUGUAUUCUAAUCAAUAGGUGUUUCUUAAAAGGAAGGUUUGCUUUAAAAGCAAACAUUACUAUGUAGGCAGUUUUUUUGGAUAGUUUGGGGAGAAAAUGUCAAUGAUUUCUCAAAGCUUUCAAGAAGUCAGCAAGUUAAUCUUACCAUGGAAGUGUGAAUUGAAUUUCUACCUCAGCUCUCAAUCAAAUCCACCAAGGAUUUGUAAAAUUGGUCCCAACUGUGUGUUGAUCAUCAUUUCCUGACUUGGCAUAAGUAAAGAGAAUGGUGAAGGAAUGGCACUUGCCAUUCACCUCACUAAGAGAUGCCCACAAAGUGUUUACAGGCUUCAGAGUAGAGACAUGUUCAAAUUCAGUGCCUGAUCUAGCGUAGUACCCUCUACCAGGUAUCUGUAAGAUCUAUGAUCAAGCAAGAAACACCAAAGCUCUUCAACCAAUCGGACUGAAGAAUCCUCAAUGGGCCACGCAGAGCAGAACCUUCUCAGCUUAGUCCCUGCUAAAAUGACAGGACCUUUAGCAGGUCAGGAUCCCGUUGAACUCUACAGUGGGAUUUGUUGCGGCUCUUAACUGAGCCAUGGUAUUAGAAUCCUGACUCUGGGUUCCCUGGCCAAUCAAAGCAGGACAUGGAUUUUUAAGGCUGCAGCAACCACAGGAAUGGGAAUGGCCUUAUCAGCCCCUGCUGUGCACGCCUACCUGGCUGACUGGGAAGAGGGUCUAGUUCCAUAAAGCGGCAGAUGUCAGCAGCGACCUGACAUGAAAAUCUGAGCCUCCUGAGGCAAUAGUGCUCACACACAUCAAUAGAGCUGAUCCUCUGCCUUUGGACCCUCUGUUGGGGGUCUCACUACCUUGGAACUGGAUAUAUAUGUCUAUUCUUCCUGCUCUGUGGGGUGGCAUGUAGCUGAGGAGAAAGCUGCUGGUGUAGUUCCUGUUGCCAAGGAGUAUAAAGCAGGAAGUAUAAAUUUGAUUCAAACCAUGUUUAGAAAACAAAAUGAAGAUUGGGACAGAUGGAUAAGAUUAAGAGAGAGAUAAAAGAUGCACAGAAAAAGUUUUUUUUUAAUUUUAUUUUUAUUUUUUACAUCUCUAAUACUAAUUACUGUCUGAAGGAAUGAGACUUCACACAUGUAAAGUUAAGGUUUCAGGGUCAGAGAUAUUGAUUGGCAGUAAUUAUCAAUUAUCAUGCCAUUAAAAGUCAACUUACUCCUAAAUGCACCAGCCAUAACGUUUUCUGACAUUUUUAGUGGUGAGCUAGUGGACAAGUAAUCCAAAUUUAUGCCAUUGCAUUGAUUUCGAUGCCAAGUCUAUCAGCAAGGUGUUACAGCUCACUCUAUAGAGGAACAGGGUACCUCCAAUAGCGACUAUGCAUUUAAAUGUGCAUGUGUGGACUUGAAAAGUUGUUGUCAUAUUUACUUCAUUAUAGCACUCAGCACUGUUAGCCUCAUUGUUAUUAUCUGCACAAAAUGCAGGUCAAUUCAGAAAUGCUCUUGCUGAUCUGGGGGAAGGUUGGAGUAACUGCUUAAAGGAUUGCUAAAUGUAUUAUUUCAUAUGUAUUAUUAAAGUAUACCCUUUUAAGGAUAAGCAUACUUUGUAUUAUGUUUUCAAAAUCAUAAGUCAGGCAUACCUCAUAUUUAGAUGAUGAGAUAUACCUUCAUUGAAUUAUAUAUGUUAUCAUCCUGAACUACUUCUUAAAAAGCUUUUAACAUUUUACUUUUAUAUGCAUAAUAGGUAAGUGUAUAUCCGGCAGGUACAUUAAAUGGAAAGUUUACCUUAUACAUACAUAACCUUCACUGAAUAAUCAAGCUAUUUUUUACAGAACUUAAUCAGGAUUAAUUUUACACAUCUUGAACCCCUUGUUUGACAAUGAAUGAGGCUUAGGUAAUAUAACCUGGUUCAUAACAAAGUCACCAAGCAUCUUAUUAGCUACAGCUAAGUAUUUUCCGUCCAGGUAGAAGAGGGAAGUUCCAAGUGACUCCUUAAAAAAGGUAGAUAAUUCUGUUCCCUUUUCCUCUGCCAACUUUUUGCAAUGUAGUUUUCUUCUACGUUUUUCAAUUAACCUACAGAUAAAUGCACCUGGAUGUACUGAUACUUCUUAUCAGCUUUCUUAUUGGAAAGCCUAAAAAAUUAUCUCAUGUUGUGUGACCAUGCAUUAAAUGUCUGUAUCUCUUGUAUUAACUGAUGUUGCACUAAAAAUCCACGACUGUACUUAAAUUACUUCAGUGUUAAAAUGGAUGUGAAACAUGCUUGCUUAUUUCUUUACAAAAUGUCACAAAAUGUGCCAAUCAUCUUCUCUGCUCUCAAAAUGACUACUUUUGUCCAUAUAGAAAGGUCUUGCAUACAGUGCAUUGUAUAGCAAUAUUAACAAUAUUGACCUUUUGUUUAUUUCUUUGGGCCAGGAGUGAAUGAAUACAAAGGCUUUUAUGGCUCAUGCACAGGAGCCUCAGGCAAAUAUAGUGCCCUUGAUUAAAACCACAACAGUGUGACAGAACUGUAUGCUAAAAGCAGUGUGUAAAAUGCUUUUGGGCUCCUUUUUUCUUGCAUGCUGCCUCACAUUUGUGUUUUGAUGAAUUGGGGUGGGGGUGUGGGAUGUAGGAUCCAUUCUCUGGCUCUGACAAUACCAUUGUGGCACCAAUAUAAUGGGCCUUGGCUUUGAAAUGAUAUCAUAAUUUUACAAGAACAUCCUUAAAUUAAUUGGUUAAUAUUAUUGCUACCUUAUAAAAUUAACUACCUUAGUCAUUUCCGAUAACAGUAUGAAACAGGCUGUGAUAUUUCAAAUCUAUGCUCAAUAAUCAAGAAUAUAACUACGAAUGUAUGAAGUAGUGAGUCUUAUCUGCCUACAGAAAAACAAUUCUGAAAUCGAGCAUCCUCAUCAAAUAUGAAAAGAUCAAGAUGUUCUAAUGCAGUAACAUUUAACUAAAAGGAGAAACAUUUCUGUUGAGUGAAAAUUUGACUUCCAUUAUUUACAUGUUUCAGGUGGUGUUAAAAAGAAGCCCCAAGAACCCUGCCAGAUAUUCUUUCACUCAGCACAGCAACCCCGACAUGAAGUGUAGCAUUCCUCACAGCAUGUAGGUUGAGAUCAGUUAACGAAGCACAUGGGGAAUCAAACUUGGAACCUUUCCACUCCACAUGACUCAGCCAUAGUUUUGUUCCUCGAGCACAUAAAUUACAGAAGUGUAUCAUGUCUUCAUUAUCAGGCUUAAAGUUCCUUCAAUAAUUCAAACUUACACAGAGUUUCCCGUUACCAAAACUGAGAUAUAUACAACAUAUAUAUAUAUAUUUAUAUAUAUAUAUAGCCAUUAGAAUACUUUUGAAGUGCAAUUACUAUUAUUAUGUAGGUAAAUACAGCAGCCAAUUUUCACACAGCAAGAUCCCAGAAAACAACAAAGAGACAAAUGACUGAUGAUCCUUUUUGGUGAUGCUGGGUGAGGGAUAAAUACUCACCAGAACAUAAUGGGCUCUCCUGUUCUUCUUAGAUUGUGUCAUGGGAUGCUUUAUAUCAGCCUAAGCUGGUAGACAGGGCCAUAUAUUAAGAUCUCAUCUGAAAGAAAUAAUCAUAUAAUCAUGGAAUGGCUACAGGCCAUUUGGCCUAUCGGGACUGUUCCAGCUCUCUGCAAAACAAUGUAGGCAGUCCCACUUCCCGUCCCCACCCUUUCCCCGUGACUCUGCAAUUUUUUCUCUUCUGGUGCUUAUCCAAUUCCCUUUUGAAAACCCCACAAUUGAAUUCGUCUCCAACACCUUCUCAGGCAGUGCAUUCCAGAUCCUAACCAUGCACUGCCCAAAAAGGUUUUUCUCAUGUCACGUUUGGUUCUUCUUACAAUCAUCUUAAAUCUGCGUCCUCUGCUUCUCAAAUCUUCCACCAGUGGGAACAAUUUCUCUUUAUCUACUCUGUUGAGAUUCCUCAUGAUUUUAAACACCUCUAAGAGAUCUCUUCUCAACCUUCUCUAGGGAGGACAAACCCAGCUUCUCCAAUCUAUUCACAAACCUGAUGUCCCUCAUCCUUGCAAAACUUUUUGCAAAUCUUUCCUGCAUCCUCUCUAAAGACUUCACGUCUUUCCUAAAGUGCGAUGUCCAGAAUUGGACACAAUAUUCCAGUUGAGGCCAAAUCAAUGUUUUACAAAGGCUCAUCAAAACUUUCCUGUUUUUGUACUCUCAUGUCCAGAAUUUUUCCAAGGGGUAACAGUGGCUCCCCAUGAUGCUGGUAAAAUGCCAGCAGGGGCAGGAAGUUGCCCUUAUUUGGGCAAGUCUUCCUGGCACUGAAGUUCCCACAAAUGGUAAUAUCCUGUGGUUGCGGGAAGACAAUCUGCCAUUUUCUGAGGCUUCCAUCUCCCAGUCUGUGUCCAAGAGGCCUGGUAAAAUUCAACCAUGUGUCUCUAUUUAUGAAGACCAGGAUCAUGUAAUUUUAACCACCAGCCUAACCUGCAAACAAGACAAUGCAACAAUAGAUUAUAUGCUCAAGUCCUGGAGUGGAGCUUUGACCCAAGAGAAGAGGGCUACUACUGACUUUUUAUGUAGCUUCCAAAAUAGCUUACAGAUGACUGUAGUUAUAAAUAGUUUGCUGAUUUAGUAUUUUGCCUUACAAAACCCUGCCUUUUUCUGUUCCAUUUUCUGAUAAUUGAACUUUCUUUUUAGGCACAUUUGGAUUUUUUUUAAAAUAAAAAAUGGCAGGGAGAAAUAUGUGCCUUGUUGAAUGCAACUCACUAUAUUGUACUUGACUGUAAAGGAGAAGGCAUUGCUGACUGAUAUAAAAUGUUGGUCACCGAUACAGAUUUCCACAUGAAUGAACAACUGUGAUGUGCAAUGCAAACAUUACCUUUGGAAAAUUAUUGAAUAUUAGAUACACAUUCAGUAUUAACAUAAUACUUUGUAGACUGCAUUGUGAUACAUACUAUAGCUGAUAAUAAGCAGCAUACUACAUUGACAAUUUAAUAUUUUGUUGUAUUAGAAAUAUAAGAAUAAAGUUUUUUAACUUUCAAAAA